AAGCUUCUUUAAAAACUGCUGCAAACAGUCGAGCAGCGCACAGGAUGUUUUGUGCGCUCUGCGAUGCUGAAGAGGGAGGAGCUGGGAGGCAGGCGAGGACGCACAAAACACACACACAUACACACAGACACGCAAAGACAGGGAGGGAGAGAGAGAGAGAGAGAGGAAGAGAGAGAGCAGCCGCUACAGGAAAGAUGGAGGACGGCUGUGGGAGCAGCGGAGCAGACCUCCAUCAUACUACAUCACUCAUGAAAACAGUGUCUAAUCAGCAGCAGUUGCCAUGCUGAUGAUGGUCUCUUAAAUCCUUUCCCUAACAUCACUGAACCAACCAGAAAAGCAGACCACCAUGAACCCCCAGGAUAUGAACCUUGGCCAGGAAGCGACGGAGGAGACGGAUGCCUCUCCUCCCCAUCGCACCAACAACCAUAACAGCCGGUCCCGUAACCAAGAAAAGCGCUACAGACGCUGCGAAGCCUCUGCUGGAGGAAACGCUGGCAGUAGAUCCAGAGCGCCACAUCAGCGCAGGUCACAGGAGGAGCCAGAAAUGGAGCCGCCGCAUGGAACUCCUCAGCCUCAGCAGAUGCCGCCCAUUCCCCGCCCGGCGGUGGCACGUUAUCGCAGGCAGGGGGACACUGAGGCCCGGAUCAGAGCCCAACAGCAGAGGCACAGGCAGAGGCAGCAGAGAGAGGCCGAGAGAGCGCAACACAUGGGGCAACUGGAGAAGCAGCACCGCGCGGAGAUGACCCAGGAAGACGAGCGAGAGAGGGACGACUCCGUGCUGGCCCGCUCGGCGAGCACCGAGAGCGGCUUCCACACCCACACCGACCGGGCGGAGGGCGACGACGGCCUCGUGAUGAUGUCUCUGGAGCCCGAGGGGCAGUUAGAGGUGGAAGAUGAAGUGGGCAACUAUGGGCUCCAGCUGCGGCCCGAGGCAGAGGGGUACACUGAAAAUGCAGAAGCUGAUCAGCAACACAUCCCUCCAUGUUUUAAUUAUCCUCAGUUCUCAAACCAGUCACAGGAACCCCUGCCAGACAUCCAAAGCCCCCACAGAGAGAAUGAAGCAGAGGAAAUACUGAAUGCUGGAUACUCCAACUACGUCUACACACAGCCGCUAAGUCACUCCGUAGAAAGGGACGACGUCUCGGCCAGUCAGGGCUCGGAAGGCGUAGAUGCCGGACUUGAAGCCUACUCCGAGCCGUAUGACAUCUAUUCGCUCGCCGAGCACGUUUACGAGGAGAUUUGCGACGCUCCGACACCAGUUUCUCCUUCUGCGGGUGCGGCGAACAACGCAGAGUCUCUCCAAAAGAGGACGAGCGGCAUUCGACUGUUGCAGGGCCAGUCGGGAGGCGGGGAAUAUCAGCAGCGGGAGGCGGUGGGCUCCCGUCUGCGGCACUACGACGAGCGCUCGGACGGCGAGUCGGAUAGCCCGGAGAAAGAGGCUGAGUUCGCCCCGUACCCGCGCACUGACAGCUGCGAUCAGGAGGAGGACAUUGACAGCAUUGUUGCCGAAGUGAAAGAAAGCCUAAGCUCUCAUAGCCUUGACUGUGCUGCAGAAGACAUCAUAGAGGAGGAAAAUCAGGUACCACAGGAAGAGGACAAACCCCAAACUGAAACUGACUCUGAUAAAUAUCACACAACUGCCAGCCAAAGGAAAUCAGCCAGACAGCAGGGAGCUGUGAGCGUUGCAGAGGAGCCUGUGAUGGGAAGGAAUAGUCAGGAGAAGAGGGAUGCCAUAUCUCUGGCUAUCAAAGACAUUAAGGAGGCCAUAGAGGAGGUGAAGACCAGAACAGUACGAUCUCCUUACACACCGGAUGAGCCAAAAGAACCCAUUUGGAUAAUGAGGCAGGACCUGAGCCCCACAGCUGAAUGUGAUCUACAGCCGUCGCUUGGGGGAGAUUCUCCUCGUUCAGGCUCUCCGUCUCCUCUAGGAGCAGAGUCGUCCAGCAGACACCUACUGCAAGAUGACAGCUUUGAAUCGUCUCCCUCCAGUAAAGAGUCCAGGAGAAGCCUUGCAUCCUUUCCAACUUAUGUAGAAGUGCCUGGCCCCUGUGACCCAGAGGACCUGAUUGAUGGGAUCAUCUUCGCAGCCAACUACCUAGGCUCUACUCAACUCUUGUCGGAUAAGACGCCGUCCAAGAACAUCCGCAUGAUGCAGGCACAGGAGGCCGUCAGCCGCAUUAAGACGGCCCAGAAAUUAGCCCACAACAAGAAGAAGGCUCCGGAGGGAGAAACUCAGCCCAUGACGGAGGUGGAUCUCUUCAUCUCCACUCAGAGAAUCAAAGUCCUGAAUGCUGACUCCCAGGAAACCAUGAUCGACCACCCUUUACGGACCAUCUCCUACAUUGCGGACAUUGGCAACAUUGUGGUUCUGAUGGCCCGGCGCAGGAUGCCCCGACCCGACUCUCAGGAGAACCUGGAGGACUCGGACCCAGGUCAAGACAGCAAGCGGCAGUACAAGAUGAUUUGCCACGUGUUUGAGUCUGAGGAUGCACAACUGAUUGCCCAGUCCAUCGGGCAGGCCUUCAGUGUGGCUUACCAGGAAUUCUUGCGGGCCAACGGUAUUAACCCCGAGGACCUAAGCCAGAAGGAAUACAGUGACCUGAUGAACACACAGGACAUGUACAAUGAUGACCUCAUCCACUUCUCCAAGUCUGAGAAUUGCAAAGACGUGCUCAUAGAGAAAGCUAAGGGGGAGAUUCUUGGCGUGGUUAUCGUGGAGAGUGGAUGGGGCUCCAUCCUACCGACUGUCAUCAUCGCCAACAUGAUGCAUGCUGGGCCGGCUGAGAGGUCUGGAAGACUGAACAUAGGAGACCAGAUCAUGUCAAUCAAUGGAACCAGUCUGGUUGGACUGCCACUGUCCACCUGCCAGAGCAUAAUAAAGGGCCUGAAGAACCAGUCUAGGAUCAAGCUGAACAUUGUGAGAUGUCCCCCUGUGACUACCGUCCUCAUCCGACGCCCAGACCUCCGCUACCAGCUGGGCUUCAGUGUCCAGAAUGGCAUCAUCUGUAGCCUUAUGCGUGGAGGUAUCGCUGAACGUGGCGGGGUCAGAGUGGGUCACCGCAUCAUUGAGAUCAACAGCCAGAGUGUGGUGGCCACACCCCAUGAGAAAAUUGUCCACAUUCUGUCCAAUGCUGUAGGAGAGAUUCACAUGAAAACCAUGCCUGCAGCCAUGUACCGCCUGCUGACCGCCCAGGAGCAGCCCGUCUACAUUUAAACAGCUCUGACCUCGCAGCCCUUAAAACGACCUGCAGUCAACGCCCUCUCUUCAAGUCGGACCCCGUCACAGCUCAGUGCUCAUCCUUGAUGCAUUGCAGUGAGUUGUUCUGUUGCUCAGACGAGUCUCGGGGCAACAAAGGAACCCAAAUUAUUAUACACGUGUCUUCGCUAAAAGAUGUUUUCUUACUCUGAUGCGUUUUUAGCCCCUAGUUAAUGCCCAGGAUCCUUUUUCUUUAACUGGUGACACAUUAAGUUACGUAAGACUGUCUAAUAAGCAAAAUUAAAACUUCUCACACGGUAAAAACCUUGAGCCUGCAUGUCUAACGUUGCUUGUACGUUUUCUUUUUUUUUUUUUUUUCCUAAUGCUGCUAUUUUACUGACAAGACACCGUCUAUAAAUAUUAAAUUAAUAAUAUUACUAAAAACAGGUAGUCACAUUGCAACGCUUGUUUUCCCUCCCACUAAUUUACCACGAAAGAUUCUCUGUGACCUCCCCAGAGAGUGUGAAGACACUUCAACACAUUCCACACGGUAGCUGCUUCGUUUUGCUGCGGCUCGUUUGUUUGAUCCACGUUUCCAGCGGGUGGAUCGCAGCGGUUGUGUUUUUUCCCCUUUCCUUUUGUUUCGUUUUUGUAUCCUCUGUGCGUAACACACCAGCGGUACCUCCAGCCGUCGUGUAAUAAAACCCCUCUUACAACCAGGAGCAUAGAGCUGACAGCGCGGUACUGUUCGACCAAACCUACUACGUUAAAACUAAAUGUUUGCACAAGACACAGGAAUGGAAUAUCAGUGGAAUGUAUACGGCUCAGUGGCAAAAUCACUUCUCUGCCUAUGGUUUUGUGCACAAACAGUAUAUAUUAACCAGGGCUGCUUAAACGUGUGUGAAUUUUCUACAUUUCUGCAUGAAAGUGACUCGAAACAUCAAGUCCUGAAAGCAGACAAAGAGAAAAGGGAAGUGGAAUUCUAGGAUCACAAGCGAAUUUCCAAACGAAAUCGUUUGAGUCCCUCUGUUCAGAAUCGUUUCCAAUCAGUGUAAUGAGACUCAGGUGUCGUUCGGUUCCGUGCUUUGUUUUAGAAAAUCAGGGAUUUUUUGCAUUUUUGCGGAGCUUUCUGAAGUCCCGAGAAAAAGAUUUGUUGUUGAUUAUCAGGCUGGAAAAGGUUACAAAACCAACAAGUCUAGUGCCAGACAGGCAGAUUUAGGACGACUGACCAACAGAGAUCGAUCUAAAAGCAAGAAGCGUAAUAUCCUGAGAGGUCACAAAGGAUCCCAGGGUAAUGUCUGAGCAACUAAAAGCCUCUUCCACAUUGGCUUAUGUUAAUACUCAUGAAUAAUAAUGUUCUGUAGUAGCCAAAAAAAUUCUCCUAGACGCUCCAGACGACUCACAGAGACGUUUAUUUGCCAUUAAUGCUGCACAAAGGUAGAUAGACAGAUAAUUCUUUAAUUUAUCCCACAGUGGGGGAAAUUUUCAUUCAAUGUUACAGCAGCAUAUAAGCUGAGGACAAGAAAAGAAAAUAAUACAGAAAGUGAUACAUCAGCAGCGAUUGGUUUGUGGUCUGCUGGCGGCUGAACAGAAUCACAGCUACGUCCUCCUUCAUUUGAUUCACUGGGUCGUCCAUGUCUACUGGCAGGACUGAAAAUCUGCCUUUUGAGUCAUUUUUAUGCAGAAAUGUUGAAACAUCUGAGCUUUGUAAAGACUUUUAAGCAGCUCUGUAUAUAUAUCUAUCUAUAUCUAAUUAUAUAUCGAUAUAUAUAUAUAUACAUUCAUCAGAUGACAUAACCCCAAAUAAUGUAGCGUGAGCUUGUGACCAAAUCAUGCUAUGUAUGUGAAUGUACACACACACACACACCAUACAGCACGGCAUGACUAGUCUGUUUCCUUAACACAGAGACUGACUGUGCACUGCCUACAGGAAGAACACUAAACUAAACACUGCUUGGAAUAAACCUAAUCUAACAACGUACAUGUCUUACCUUAAUUUCUGGUGCUUUUUUUUCUUCUUUUUAACACAAUUAGCGUCUUACUUUCUUCAUUCGUUCAUAAAUAUUAAUAAGUAAUUGCUUUGGUAGAAUAGCAGAAACUGAAAGUCAUCGCUACGUGGAGAUGAAUCGAAAGCUUUUGGACAGUUAGAAGGUUUUUAACGAUAGACGCCGGUGUUGUACCAGUGAUCGGACCUUAUCUGAUCAGAAGUGCGUGUUUGCAUUAGGAGCAAUUUAAAAGAAAUUUUGGGUCAAUAUAUAAUUGUGGGACUUCUUGAGUUAGUUGACAGGCAUCAAAGUUGAGCACAUUCAGGCUGUUUUCAGGCUUAAAAUCAACAUGGCCGCCUGUAACCAAGCAACACGUUAUACAAGUGAGUAAAUACAAAUUUCAAAGCUCAUUAUAAAUAUAUUGUAGUAACACCGUUGACAUGUGAUAAAUCACUGCUACUUUAUAUGAAAUAACUAAGAAAGAGAAGGAAGAACAGACUUGGAGCAGGUCAUGUGAUCUGGAUUUAACACACUUCCUUGAGAGGUUUAAUCUAAUGUGUUUGUAAUGUGUAACUUAGCUGAAAGUGAUUCAAUUUGUUAUUUUCCAUAUAAAAUUUGAUAUAUUGCCAAAAAAGAAAUAUCUGUUAUGAUUAUCUCAACUUAACAAAAAAAAAACAAUCAAAGCUAAUUUUGAAUAAACUCAUUGUUUAUCUAAUUAGAAGGUGGUUGUUGUUAUUAAAUGGGACGGAUAUUUAGUUACAUCUUAGUGAUAUUUAGUCAUUUUUUUUAAUAAGUGAUUGUUUCCAUAAUAAAUCAUUAUGUAUUUGGACAUGAUCUCAAUGAACAUAAAAACUUUUAAGAACUUUUGAUAAUAACGUAUGUAAGAUAUAUAUAUCAUGAACUUCAAAAGUCCCUCAAUUAUGUAUUGACACUAUUAAUAAGUUUUACAUAAAUUGCUCACAUGCACAAGGUUUUUCGUCAUGGCGUUUGGUGCAAAAAUCAUAAUCUCAAAGUAAGAACAACAUCAAGUACACAAAGAAUGCAACACAGUGCCUAACCCUGAUCCCGACCGUAAAUAUAACCAGAGCUGCAACCGGAACCCAAAACCACAUUUUCUUAACAGGUUUUAACACUCACACAAAAUGUCCAAGAAUAGUGGACUGUGAGGCCACAAUACAAUAUCAUAACCUUUAAUGUCAAUCGGCCGAGGACUCCACUGCAAAAUGUUCCAGCUGAAACUGCAACUUUACCACAACCCAUCACGUCAAACGUCACGUUAGACACAACAAUGUAAACGCUUCACCACAGAACAAAUAGUGCUCAUUAAAGAGGCGAUAUGUAGACAGUAUUAUUUCUACAGACCCUCACGUCUUUCUCCCCACUGAAAGUACACUCCCUGCUAAAAGCCAGUGGUUUCUGAACCGAAUGAAUUUAUCCAAAAAUCGAUUAGGGAUCUGUCACUCACAUAACUGCAAAGAUGAAUCUGAACUGAGGCUGCAGCAGCUCUAAUCUGCACACCUGAGGUAGAGAGGAAACACAAACGGACACAGUUCAGACCAGCAGAGGGCGACAAACCUCCUCUUGACAAUUUGGAGCCGUCUUUGAGCAGUUUAUUUCUUAUAAAAGGACCUAUUUAUACACAUGUCAUCUGCUACUGAGGAAGAAAACAAACAAAAAAAAUUUGUUGUGUUUAGUUCAUCUUAUCUAAAAAACAGGAUGUGCAUUAAUCUUACUGGUGUACAGGCAUUCGGAAGAUUUACAGCCAUCUACUGCAUGUUUUCCAGGACCAACUCGUUUUCCAUCAUAAAGUAAAAUCACGCUAAACCAAAUUCAAUGUCUACUGCAAGCUCUCUGUUAUCUUCCAGAAAAGGUUCAACUCUUACACUACCGCAAGUGCAAUGGGAUUUAGAUUGUGUGUGAGCGUGUGAGUGUGCGUUUUGAUAAUAUUUUGUAUCUAUACAUGAUAAUAACAUCGUACAGUAGCUUUUUUUUGUCUGUUUGUUUGUUUGUUUGUUUUUAAAUGCUGCUUAUAAUGACACACCCGUAUAUAUAACCCAUGGCUAUGAGUAUUGCUGUCAAGAUUUCUAGUUUCAACAAGCUGAUUCUGAGAAGAAUCAGUGACCGCAUCUAAAAAAAAAUAUAUAAAAUGAAUGUUGUGCUGUGGAAAAUAGUCGGGAGGUAUUUAAACUUAAAAAAUAAGUAAAUAAAUACAGUGAUAAUUCUCUAUUUUCUACUAAUUAGACAAAGGAAAUAGAUUUGCCUCGUCUGUGGAGCGUGUGCUAUAUCCUGUACAGUGAUGUGCACAUGUUGUAAGCACACGUAUCACCUUUAUAACGAAGGGCAAAACGGAAGAAAACAAACUCGAUGAAGUUCCGACUUUAGCGACGUUGCCUUUUCAGACAGACCCAGUGCUCCUCGGUAAACACCUUUACAGAGUUUUCAUGCACGCUCUGAGAAUGUGCCACAGUCCGUCUGUGCGUCUUCUGUCUCUUCAUCCAAUCCCGAUACCGAUCAGCCACAACAUUAAAACCACUGACAGGAGAAGUAAAUAACAUUGACCAUCUUGUGAUAAUUCUGACAAUGUUACUUAGACAUGUAGCACUCACCUAGAUCAGACCAGGACGCCCUCAGAGACACAUGUCCACUCUCUGAUGAACUGAUUUGGAGACCUGCACAAUAUGAGGAAGGUGGUCAUAAUGUUAUGCCUGAUCGGUGUAUGUCACCAUUAAAAGACAUGACAGCAAAUAUUAAAUAGGUCUACUAUUACAUGUCAUUUUUGUGUAACAGGUAACAGCAUCUAACAGGCACUGGUUUAAAAUUAAUGUUAAUAUAUAAACAUAAAGGAUUUAUUUAUGUAAUAGCAAAAAAAAAAAAGUAUUUUAGAACUGAAAUACUUAGUUAAAGUUAUCAUCCUCCGAUUGGUUGAAUUGACAAAGCUUCUGUAAAUUGAGCCUGUGAGUCCAAACAGAGAUUUCUCAUCCGGUACGUAGUAUGCAAAGUGAAUUUUAAUUUUAAGUUUUCAUUGAGAGCUUAAAGUGUUUGUGAACUCUUUCCUUUAAACAGAGACAUAGUAGCAGCGCCGCCACUUGAAACAGUUCUUUUAACGGGCAGCUCAUCAGCAGAGGCGUUUUUUUUUUAUGUCUCAUCGACUCUUGACAUUUUUUUUUUGUUGUUCUUAAAGCAUCUUAUCUAAAGUAGAAACAAACACAAAAAAAACAUCUGAACUGCACUUUUUCCACUUUUCGCUCCAGUGCUCCAAUAGACAACACGAUGGCAACAGCGUAACGGCAACAUUGUAGCUGUGUGGUGUGUGGUUUACAACCCGGUGUUCUCCAUAUUCAAACAAAGAAAAAUAGCUGGAUGUAAAAAUAUGCACAUAGAUGAACUACACAGUAUAUAGAAAACUAUGUAAAGGUAUAUAACGGUUGUUUUUGUGUGUUUGGGUGGACUUGUGGGCAAAUUAAGUGGGAGGAAUUGCUGAAAGGGGGGUGGGUGAAAUGUAGGGAAUCGGUCGUGUGAAAUAACAUUCAUGUACAGUAUAUAUUGUAUAUAGCCAGAGCACAAGGUGUGUGUGAUAUUUUCCCUCUCUGGUUUGUCAGGGACUGUAGGCUACUCAUGAUAGCUACGCCAGUCGAAGGCGACGAGCCCUUGAUCCUGCUGGUAGGCAGGGCUGGCAAAGUAUUUACAAAUGCACUUAUUUUGAAUGUACAAGAAACAUUAACUCGUGUGGUCUCUAAACAUGGAAAAAAAAAUAAAAAAUCGUACUAAAAAAAAA